AUGGAAAACAAUAUUGAUGAAGUGCAAGGGAAUAUUCAAAACCCCGCAGAUGAUAAACAUACCGUCCAGACAUCUAAUGAAAAACAUGAAAAUAUUGAACUAACUGAAGUAAAAGGAAUUAAUUUAGCAUUAGAUCCUAAUUUGAUUACUUUACCUAUUUAUAAAUCUUCUAAUACACCUGGGACAAAUCCAAACUUAACGUCUUCGGAAAUCGAACCUAAUAAUGACUUAAGUAAUGACAACACAACUUCGAACACAACUCCAACUUAUAUGGGUGAAUCGUUAAUUAACAACCCUCAUGAGAUAUUUGGCCAAAUGCCUCUAACUCAAUUAAUUCCGUUAAUAUUGAAACAACAAGGUCCUGGGUUUAGAUUUGCGGAUCUAUCAGAAGAGAGCUUACGCUAUGAAAUAUCAAAGGAAAAUAUGAACAAUAAUCUUGCAUUACAUAUUGAGGAUAAAAGCAAAAAUAUUAAUUCAAUUCAUGAAGAAAUAAAUAGCGAACUAAAUAAUAAUACCAAGAUUGGCUUAGACACAGAAAUUACAUCCGAUACGGAUGCGAUGGAUAUUGAUUUUGAAGAUAAAAAUGUAAUCUCUGGAAACAAUAAACUUGAACAAAAUAGCUCAAGAUUUCAUCCUACAGGUAAUGAUGAAGAUGAUAUUAGCAAUACAAAUGUGGAGGAAGAAGAUGGGAGUCUAUUAGACGGCAGCAAUAAGGAUGAUACUAUUGAACUAACACAGGAGAGAUUUAUAAAAAUACGUAAAGAAAUGCUGGAGAAUAUUAAUAUGGCAUUAAAUGAAACAUCUUUAAGUUUGGAAUUUGUAUCUUUAUUGUUAUCUGCAACAAGAGAAUCUGUUGCAACCUCCUCUAUGUCUCCAUAUUUGAAAAAAACUGUACCAACAGGGUCCCUUAAUAGUGAUCAUAUACUAAUUGAAGGUAAGUCACAAGCUGAACUAAAACAUUUAGAGACAUUAGAUAGAGGUUGGAAAUUACAAGCUCUAGAUGAAUCAUCUGAAAUUUUGAAAAAAACUCAUUCUAAAUUAAAAAAUAUAUUAUUUAAAGAACAUAAGUAUUGGAAUAAUCUAUCCAAAUCCAUUGGAAAUAAGGACGUAAUAUUUAAACUUCGGGAUCGUUCCACUGGUGAACGUUAUCUUGGUAUUAAAUAUGGUUAUGAAGACUCUGGUUCCACUUAUAGAUAUGAUCAGGGUACAGCUAGAUUAAAGGCCAACCCAGAAACUAAUAGGCUUGAACUGAUGCCUAUAGAUAGAAACGAAAAUGAAAUUAGCCUUGAUUCUAAACAAAAUGAAAGAUUUAUUAGAAUCCGUAUAUAUACGAAAAUCGAAGGUGAAGAUGAUUAUAUAUUAAGUGGUGAGACAGCACCAGGGAAAAUAUUUGUAGAUAAUGCUGAACAUGGCAAAGAAAAUUCAAGGGAUAUUAGAGACCAAAUUGAACGAUUAAAGGCUUUUAUUUUCGAACAAGAACUGAUGUAUCAAUUGAAAAGAGAAUGUUCAUUAUUAAUUUCAUAUGGUGUCAUACUUGAAGCUGAAAGUAAAAUUGUUAUUGAAUUACCCAAGGAGAAAUUUGAAAUUGAAUAUUUAAAAUUAACAGAUGAUACAGUGAUUAAUCAUGAGCAAGAUGCACCAAGAACUAAUGACAAAAGAGCCUUAUUAAUGCUAAUUACAUUUAGGAUGUUAUUAACUAUGAUAUUUAAAAAGACUUUGAGAGAGAGAUUAACCUCUGCUAAAAGAUCUGAUAAAUUAGUUCCUGAAAGAGAUAUUCUUUUGAUUAGGCCAAUCUUGGGUAGCAUGCGACACAACAAUUAUAAAGUAUUAUUAAGAAAAAUUUUGACCGAUAAUAUUAUUGAUGUGAUUGAAGGUUGUGUGAUUAGAGAAGUUGCUGUUAAUAGAAAGGCAGACGAUGAAUGCAUAAUGGACAGACAUAUAAUGAAACUUUCAAACGAAAUUAAAUCAUUCAAUAAGCUCCUAAAUACAUGGAGUUCCAAAUUUGUAAUAAAUAUUCCCGAAAAAGGUACAUUUGAUAUCUUAUUGGAGAGUCCGAAUUAUUGUAAUGCCGUUGUUUCAAUCAAAUACAGUGAUCUACUAUCUAAUAUAUCGUUUGACACUAAAUUUAAUGAGUUUAAAGAAAUUGAAGAAUUUAUUAUCUUUAUUGUAUCUGAAUAUAUUGAAAACUCUGAAAAUAGUAUUAAAAAAGAAUAA